GAUCUGAACAAGAAGUUGAAGACACUGAUAAGUUCUCAGCAAUGUAUGGUCUUCAUAAAGGGCUCACCACAGGAACCUAGGUGUGGAUUCAGCAAACAACUGGUUCAAAUCUUCACUGAAUCCAAUAUCCAGUUCAGUAGUUUUAAUAUUCUGACAGACGACACAGUAAGACAAGGUUUAAAGAAGUACUCUGAUUGGCCCACCUACCCACAGAUUUAUCUUAAAGGCGAGCUUAUUGGUGGAUUAGAUAUUAUUAAGGAAAUGAAAGAAUCAGGUGAUUUGGAUUCUACUUUCCCUAAAGUAGAAAACAUAGAUGACAGGUUGUGUACUUUAGUCAGUCGUAGCCCGGUAAUGGUAUUUAUGAAAGGAGAACCGGAGGCACCUCGUUGUGGUUUCAGUAGAACGUUAAUAUCUAUUCUAAAGGACAAUGGAGUUCAAUUCGACUCAUUUGAUAUACUCACUGAUAAUGAUGUGCGGCAAGGAUUGAAGAAAUAUUCUAAUUGGCCAACAUACCCGCAAGUCUAUGUAAAAGGCGAUCUCAUUGGUGGUUUGGAUAUCAUUAAGGAGCUGAAUGAAAAUGGUGAAUUGUUGGAUACCCUUGAAAGUUGAUAAUCUCAACUAUAAACUUGUCCUAUAAAAUGAAAACAGUGAUCCUGCCAAUUGCAGGGUCCCAAGUCUCGAGAGUCUCUCGAGAAAUUGGUGCGGCCUUCCUCACUCCCACAAACAAGCAAGAAUCACAUGGAAACUAACCGACCUCGCAAAUUUUUUUAUAUCUGUCUCGCGCAAGUCAGUGUCGAUGGGAUAUUUCCAUGCACACCAAAAGUUAAUUAGAUUAUUAAUUAAGAGAGCUCCAACAUAGAACAAACGUUACUCCGACGAAUAAAGAAAGGGAGGCCAUGUCCUUGGGACCCCUGAAAUUGUGUCAUAUCUGCUAGUAUUGUAUUCUAAGUAUUUAAAUGCUGAUUGUGUUUUACAUUAUAGAUAAACAUAAUCCAAACUAGUACAUAUUGGGAAAGGUUGUGGAACUUAUUAUUCACAUAUUCAACUUUCAUACAAUAUAUAUUAUUUAAAGGAUUUACAACAGUUAGGCCCUAUGUAUGGUAUUUGUUUAAACUACUUAUUACAGUGUAGAGGGUUAUCCAUUUUCCAUAAUUUCAACAAGAGUACAAAACAUAUUCUUGAUGGAAGGUGGUUAACAGUGUAUGUACUGUUGAAAAUGAAAAGAUGAUAAUCUCACAAUGAUGACAACCAUCAUUUGAUUACAGUAUGUACUUUUCUGGAGUAAGGAGGAGUAACAAUAAAGAAUAAUUUUUGUUUUGUACUGUCUUGAAAAUUUAAGGAAAAAUCGAAAUUUCUUAAAGUGUAUAAUAAACUAAGGAUUUAAUACACUAAUCAAUUCUCUUUAUAUAACACAUUAAUUUUGAACUAGAAAACCCUUGCAGAUGUCUAAGCAGGGCACACAUUGUGUAGGCCCUGCUUUCUCAAACUAUGGGUUGCUACCCAAAGUUGGGUCGCCAAACACUUCCGGGGAUAGCAAGUCUGCUUCUGACAUUAAAAUUGACAGACUUUGAUAAAGUGCAUUUCGAAAAUUAGUGAAAAAUACUGCAAGUGAUCGAAUAAGCGUCACAGCAGCUUAUUCGAGAGCAGAGCUUAUGAAAAAAUACUGGCGUGGCGCUUUCCAUGUCCAUUCAAAUGUGUAUACCAUCUCACUUAUUUCCUAUCAUAGUUGGUUCAUCGUAAAUACAGUAUACGUUUAUAAAGAAAUGUUUGUCUUCAUUGUGUUAUUCAUUUUAUAUAACACUAUACAUUCUCAAAGUGUUUCAUUACACAAUUAUAUACUCUUGAUAGGCGCCGCGUCGCUUAUUCGAGAACGGCGCUUAAAGCAUCUACGGUACUUCACAUCCUACAAAGAACUGGGAAUGUACAAGCUUCAUUUUUCAAUUAUUAUUUACCUAGUUAUCCUCGGCAGUCGACCGCGCACAAGUCGAAAAUUUGUGAUUAUUUUAUUGGUUUGCAUUAAACAUUUCAAAAUUACGAGUAUAAGUAAACAUUCUAUAAAAUAGAACAUUUCUGCACACAAUAACAAAAUAAAUGCCUACUGUUACUUUGCUCAGUAAAUAAAAAUCUGAACAAUUUUCAAACCUACUUUAUAUUCGACUUAGCCGAGGGUGACUGAAGAAGUACAACAGCAUAUUCACGGUGGCUGUUUGAGCAAAUUUGUUACCAUGCCUCGUCACGCUGAGUUCUCCAUGGAGUUCUCCAUGGAUACGCAUCAGCCAACCACCGUCGACACACUGUGUGCCUAGCUCUAUUGUUGAAGUAAAACAUUCUGAAUUCAAUGUUGGUAAGGAAAAUUACAGUAUCCCAACUUUAUGUAUAAUAAUGAUAUUUAAACACUAGAUGUGUUCAAUUGUUGUUGUUGUUGUUGU